CGCACCGCAAUCUACCUACGUAAAUACGUCGCGAGUGCUGUGGCCUUUUUUGUAAUUUAAUUUUUUAAUAAAUAUUUUUUUGUGUGUGCAACAUGUUACGUCAGUGUGUCACGUUGGCAGUAUUGGGGUGUGUUUUGGCGGUUCCCGCGCCCCAGCAUCAGUACCAACCUCAGCAUCAAGCCGGAGGUUACGACCCACACCUACUAAGACAGUACCUCGCUGACCAACAAGCCGCAGCGCCGGCGCCUGCGCAGACACAAGUCCUUCAACGACCACAACACUUACAGCAGGCAGCACCCAGACCUGCUCAACCCCUAUAUACAGUCCAGAGCGAGGCUCAAUACCAGCCCCAACAGCACCAGCAGCAGUACCAGCCACAACCACAGCCCCAGCCCCAGUACAGGCCGCAGCCUCAGUACCAGGCUCAGAGACCCCAGGAACAGCGUGAACCUGAGGAGUAUGAUCCUCAUCCUUCCUACCAGUUCGGUUUCGACGUGAACGAUGACCAGUACACCAACUACCAGAACCGCAAGGAGCAGAGAGACGGUGACGUUAUCAAGGGUUCUUACUCCGUGGUCGACAGCGAUGGCUUCGUCAGAACUGUUACUUACACUGCUGACCCUAAGGAAGGAUUCAAGGCUGAGGUAUCAAGACAGCCCACAGACAUCGUAGUAAAGAUCCCCACUCCCAAACCCCAGCUCCUUCAGCCUCAGGUGCAGCACGCGGCGCACGCGCAGCCGCGGCCACAGCAGCCUCAGCACGCGGCUCCCCAACAGUACUACCGUUAUGAACAAUAAGAUGGAAAUAGUAUAGUCUGUCUGUGUUGGUUAUUGCGGAUAGGGGAAUUAGAUUAGGUAACUGUUAAAAAGGAAGAAAACAUGCUGCCGACCCCAAAUAAAAUUGGGAUAAAGACAGGAGGAUUAUGAUGAUGAAAUUAUUACAAACAAAAAGGAUUAGGAGGGUGAAGAUAUAGGGACUCCUGUCUUCUCUGAUAUUGAUGACUUUGAAGAGAAAGUGUCAUAAAUAGAGAAGCUAAAAAAUAUGAGUGGGUUUUUAAGAACAAGGUUUAAAAUAUCUGACAAAUUCGGUAGUGUGUGCAGCCAAGUUCACAAUUUCCCAAUUGGUUUGUAAUUAUCAAGUCAUAAUUAUUUAAUAAUACAAACCAAUACCGCAAUAACAGCGUAGACAUUUUAUUAUUUAGUGUAAAAUAGUUGUUUAUAGUACUCUGUGCCUCGUAAGUUAAGCUAUGGAAGUCUUAACAAAAUGCGAGUUAUGUCUUUAUUUGCAAAAAUGUAGACGUAGCUGAAAUAAGGUUAUGAUGCAAAGAUAUUAGUAAAUAUUAUUCUUAUUUAUAUUCUCAGAGCCUAUAUUUAAUUUAAGGAUUGAUUGUAGGAUGAGAUUACAACGAUUUUAAUACUUUUCUUAUCUUCUUUUUUAUUCUUUACUUUCCUUUGACGGAAUUGCUCGUAGAUUUUAUUUUAUUUCUGUUACUUCAUUUUAAAUUGUAUCUUCUAACACCUAUGUUUGUGAUUGUGUAAAGUAUGCCAGACUAUGUAUCUUAUUCGAUGUUAUAUAAUAAAGUUACUAUGAUUUUUUUAAAUACCAAA